AAAAAAAAGUAAAACCCGUAUUUGUUUCUGGGUCGGGUAGACUCACUUUAGGUCCAAAAAAACUCGAUUUGAAAAAUCUCCAGCCAAACAACAAACAAACCAAAAGCAAUUGUUACACCUUCAAUGGUGAUUUUCUCGAGAAAAUUCUAACUGUACAAUUUCUCUCUCUUUAUCCAAUCAUUAGAUCCGAUCCAAAUCCCCUUCAGAUCAAGAUUCGCAUUGCAGAUUUCGAGAAAAUUUCAUUUUGAUUUUCGAUUUGCGUUUUGAAAUCGAGCGAAUCUUGGAUUCACAUCGACAUGGCUAUGGUGGAUCAACCUCUGUAUCCGAUUGCUGUUCUAAUCGAUGAGUUGAAGAACGAGGAUAUUCAACUGAGGCUGAACUCGAUCCGUAGGCUUUCAACGAUUGCGCGUGCGUUGGGUGAGGAGAGGACAAGGAAAGAGCUGAUUCCUUUCCUUAGCGAGAAUAACGACGAUGAUGAUGAGGUGCUUCUUGCAACGGCUGAGGAAUUGGGGGUUUUCGUUCCUUAUGUUGGUGGUGUGGAGCAUGCUAGCGUUUUGCUUCCGCCUUUGGAAACUCUUUGUACCGUUGAGGAAACUUGUGUUAGGGAUAAGUCAGUUGAGUCCCUUUGUAGAAUUGGUUCUCAGAUGAGGGAACAAGAUUUGGUUGAACACUUCAUUCCUUUAGUUAAGAGGCUGGCUUCUGGUGAGUGGUUCACUGCCCGAGUUUCUUCAUGUGGCUUGUUUCAUAUUGCCUACCCUAGUGCACCAGAUGCAUUGAAGACUGAACUAAGAGCCAUAUAUGGGCAGUUGUGUCAAGAUGAUAUGCCUAUGGUUAGGAGAUCUGCUGCUACCAACCUGGGAAAAUUUGCUGCUACCGUUGAAGCUGCUCACUUGAAAACUGACAUCAUGUCUGUGUUCGAUGAUCUCACACAGGAUGAUCAAGAUUCUGUUCGGCUUCUUGCUGUUGAGGGUUGUGCAGCUCUUGGAAAAUUGUUGGAGCCUCAAGAUUGUGUGGCACAUAUUCUUCCUGUUAUAGUCAAUUUUUCUCAGGAUAAGUCAUGGCGCGUUCGUUACAUGGUUGCCAAUCAACUCUAUGAGCUCUGUGAAGCUGUUGGUCCUGAUUCCACCAAGACGGAAUUGGUUCCUGCAUAUGUUCGGCUGCUGCGUGAUAAUGAGGCAGAAGUACGUAUUGCUGCUGCUGGGAAAGUGACCAAGUUCUCCCGCAUAUUAAGUCCUGAACUAGCCAUUCAGCAUAUUCUACCAUGUGUAAAGGAGUUAUCAACAGAUUCAUCUCAACAUGUUCGCUCUGCAUUGGCUUCGGUUAUAAUGGGAAUGGCACCGGUCUUAGGGAAGGAUGCAACAAUUGAGCAACUUCUCCCUAUUUUCCUCUCUCUUUUGAAAGACGAGUUUCCUGAUGUCAGGCUAAAUAUUAUCAGCAAGCUUGAUCAAGUGAACCAGGUUAUUGGUAUUGAUCUCUUAUCUCAGUCGCUUUUACCAGCUAUCGUUGAGCUUGCUGAGGAUCGGCACUGGAGAGUUAGACUUGCAAUCAUAGAAUAUAUACCAUUGUUAGCAAGUCAGUUGGGUGUAGGCUUUUUUGAUGAUAAGCUUGGAGCUCUUUGCAUGCAAUGGCUAAAGGACAAGGUAUACUCAAUCCGUGAUGCAGCUGCCAAUAAUGUCAAACGCUUAGCAGAAGAAUUUGGACCAGAGUGGGCAAUGCAGCAUAUUAUUCCCCAAGUUUUGGACAUGAUUAAUGAUCCACAUUACCUGUAUCGGAUGACAAUUCUACACGCAAUUUCUCUGUUAGCUCCUGUUCUGGGCUCAGAAAUUACUUCCACAAACCUGCUUCCUCUAGUCGUUAAUGCAUCAAAGGAUCGGGUACCCAAUAUCAAAUUCAAUGUUGCUAAAGUAUUGCAGUCUCUAAUUCCAAUUGUUGAUGAAUCUGUUGUGGAGAGUACCAUCCGUCCAUGUCUUGUUGAGCUUAGCGAGGAUCCGGAUGUUGAUGUGAGGUUUUUUGCUUCUCAAGCACUACAAUCUAGUGAUCAAGUGAAGAUGUCCAGCUAGAUCAAUAUUGCUACAUACUGUCUUUAGUUAUUUUUUACUUGUAAUAUUCAAUUGCUCAAUCCUUUGUAUUAAGUUAUUGUUGAGAUCCUGCUUUGCUUUUUUCUUUCUAUCUGAUACCUAUGCUACCAGGUUUUCUGUAGUUAUAAAAACAUUGUCCGGAAGUGGGAUGAUUUUUGACGCACACACUAAUUUUAUGAUUAACCAUUGUGGUUAUUUUGUAAGAA